AACGCUACAUUUCUUUAUCUUUUGUGGGCAUCAUAGAAUAAACCGAAUAAUGCAAAUUACAAUCAACCCAACAACUAAUUUCGGUUUUAUAAGGUUUUUUGGUAAAUGAAACCAAUUUCCGUUGGCAUCGUUCACGUCCGGUUCGCUUCUUUCAACCUCAACCAAAGUGAACCGGUGUCUGCGCAAACGAGCGCACAAAUUUCUACAUCAGACCUCGGACUCCAAAGAAGAGCCUCAACGACUCUUUGAAGACUUGAAACACAAUCCAACAUGGACCGACCCUACUCCGCUCAACCGCAACCCGUCCUCUCCGACCGGGUCCUCAUAAACGGCACCGUCACUCCGGUGACUCUAUUCGCUGAUGGAGUUCUCCGGUGGUCGGAGAGAGGUCAACGGAGCUUGAUCGUGGAGAAGGAGGUCCUCGGGUUCGCAGCGGAGGGUCCGAAGAUCAGGAUCAGAGCCUUAGUGGAAGACGGAGAUGGAAUCUGCUGCGUCGCGAGCAGAGGAGCUGUGGUGAGGAAAGAAUUCGUCUUCAAGCCUCUCUCUGAGGACUCGCAUAGGCUCUGGUGCCAGAAGCUCCGCGAACACAUUGAUUCUCUGGGGCGGCCAAAGAGGCUCUUCGUUUUUGUGAAUCCAUUUGGUGGGAGCAAAUCCGCUUCAAAAAUAUAUGCUGAACACGUAAAACCUCUUUUCCAGGAUGCUAAUAUCCAAUUUACACUACAAGAAACUCAAUAUCAACUACAUGCGAAGGAAGUUGCUAAAACACUAGAUCUUUCAAAGUAUGAUGGCAUUGUUUGUGUUAGUGGGGAUGGAAUCUUGGUUGAGGUAGUAAAUGGACUCCUUGAGAGAGAGGAUUGGGAAGCUGCAAUAAAGAUGCCUCUUGGAGUAGUUCCUGCAGGUACAGGAAAUGGAAUGGCAAAAUCUCUUUUGGAUUCUGUUGGUGAACCUUGUACAGCAUCUAAUGCUAUUCUUGCCAUUAUUCGAGGGAAUAAGCGUUCACUGGAUGUAGCUACCAUAUGGCAGGGGAAGACCAAAUUCUUCAGUGUAUUGAUGCUUGCAUGGGGUUUAGUGGCAGAUGUUGACAUUGAGUCUGAGAAGUAUAGGUGGAUGGGAAGUGCUCGUCUAGAUUUCUAUGCUGUUCAACGAAUUGUGCAUUUGAGGCAAUAUAAUGGAUCUAUUUCCUUUGUGCCUGCACCUGGCUUUGAAGCUUAUGGGGAGCCUACUAGUUACAACAACAUUAGUGAACCUACUAACCGUCACAAUAAAUGUGGUCCAAGUAAAGAGGAGUCUGUUAACAUUCGACAGCAUGGCUAUGAGGGACCUGAUAUUAACUUGGAGAACAUGGACUGGAGAACUAUCAGUGGGCCAUUCGUUUCAGUCUGGCUUCACAAUGUCCCUUGGGGGAGUGAAGACACAAAGGCAGCGCCUGAUGCUAAGUUCUCAGAUGGUUACGUAGACAUGAUAAUCAUGAGGGCUUGCCCAAAACUAUCCUUGCUCUCGUUGAUGUCAGGGUUGAGCACAGGAAGUCAUGUCAAUUCACCAUAUGUCAUGUACUUCAAGGUGAAAGCAUUAAUUUUGGAACCAGGUCCUCUCACUGAGGACCCCACAAGGGGAGGGAUUAUAGACUCAGAUGGUGAGGUCCUGGCUAGGGGCAAAGGAGCAUACAAAUGUGACCAAAAGACACUGAUGGCCUAUGAUAAACUUCAAAUAACUGUGGAUCAAGGUUUAGCUACUCUGUUUUCCCCGGUAUAAAAUCUACUUCUUAUCAAGUAUUUGAUUUUGGUUACACAUCGAGAUACCAAGCAGAAUCCACCCUGUACAAAGCUGCAAGGAGUACAAGCGAUUCGUUCAUCGGCAAGUUGCUUGCUGAAAAGUGAUUUUGUAACAGCUACCAAGAUUACUGUCGAAGUAAUGUGCAGUUUGUCUUUCACUCUUUUGCUUUGAUUUUACAGUUUUCUUUUGUUCUGAAACAGAUUUGUAGUACAGAAAUGCAUACGACUCUGGUAAAUCCAGAGACCAUAUUUCAUUCCACCUUCUGAAA